CGACAUACACUAUAGGCAGUAUGUCGGCGUCGAACAGACGCUGAUAGCGUACUGACAAGUGUAUCGACGCCAAUGCAGUGGAGAACACCGAUACACAGAGAGAGACUUGUCCUUAUUUUGUGGUUAGAACGUCGUAACUAGUCCGUAAGACCGUAACUAAGAAAAACAUCCGAACAAAUUAUCAGGUGACAGACGUUGUAUAAUAAAGAAAAGGCUGAAAAACAAAUUGAAAAAUGCGAAGGAAGGCAGGAGUAGGUGCGAUCCACAAACAAAAACUAGAACAAGAGAAGUACAAAGAUAAAGGAACAGAAAUCCAGGAAAAUCAGUUGGAACAGAUGACAAAGCAGUUAGAUGUGUUCAGAGUAAAUCUUGAGGAGUUUGCCUCCAAGCAUAAAAAUGAGAUAAAGAAGAAUGCUCAGUUCCGACGACAGUUUACAGAGAUGUGUGCAUCCAUCGGAGUUGACCCUUUGGCAUCUGGUAAAGGAUUUUGGUCUGUUCUUGGUAUUGGUGAUUUCUACUAUGAGAUCGCUGUACAGAUUGUUGAGGUCUGUCUGGCGACAAACUAUAAAAAUGGUGGUUUAAUAUCGCUGGACGAACUACGUGAUCGCCUGGUUCAAGCUAGAGGAAGACGCAAAGAACAUCAGGAAAUAUCAAACGAAGAUCUAUUGGCAGCAGCAAAGAAACUUAGAAUAUUUGGAAAUGGAUUUUCUGUAGUCCCAAUUGGUAGAGGAAAACACUUAGUUCAAUCGAUUCCAGGAGAAUUGAGUAUGGACCAUACUGCUGUCCUUCAACAAGCUUCAAUGUCUGGAAAUGCUCAUGUCUCUAAAGCCUCAUUGGAGAGAGAAUUACGGUGGGAACCCGAGAGAGCCCAGAAAGCUGUAGAUCAUAUGGUUAAAGAGGGGCUAGCAUGGCUGGACCAUCAGGGUGAAACUGAGCCUCUUUACUGGUUUCCCAGUUUGUUUAACGCUUGCAUUCAGUCUUCAGCUUAGGUUCAGAUUUUCUAUUCCAAUCUUGCGUAAGCCUCUAGCUCACUUAUAGCUUGAUGUAUUAAUUUUCGAUAAUUAAUUCUGCUGUAAUGAUGAAUCAACUGUAAAUAACAGAUACUGGUUUGACUGCCGUAUUAGUUGUACUGUACAAAACUUUUGCACAUUCAACAAACGGAACGAUUUUGUAUUAAGGGUACGCAGAACUGAUAUUGGUUUUUAAAAAGUUCCAGUAUGUAUGUAAAAUAAAUAAGAUUUUGCAUUGUUACACUA